UCAAGACCAUUAGGGAAGGCGGCGUGGGUGUGAAUCCACAACAAGACGCGGACGUACCUAACCUUUGAAGGCAGGGUUAGCGUGUCAUUUAUAUACCUUCGGAUCAUUUGCUUCAACAUAGCAGCAGGAUGCAGGAUUGCCUUGGAUCCAGGUCAAUUCAGAAUGUUGACAUCAUUGCUGAGAAGGCAAAGCUGCAAGUUGCAGAACUUUUGCCCAAGGCACAGACCCUGUAUUUUGCUAAGGGCUGCCUUUCAAAUGCAUCACAGAUGACAUUGGUUGAAGCUGACAACCACAUCUUGGAACAUGUUGUACAAGGAGGCAGUCUGGUGAUCCGCGGCGAGCCGUCGGACGCGGCCGUCAUCUGCACCGGCCAGCGGACGUACGAGGUGCGGGAGGCCGAGACGUCCAACGCGCUGCUGCUGCUGGACACGCUCAGCUGGCCGGAGGAGGUGGCCGCCGACCAGCCGCGACACGUCACCGACCGGCAGGUGCAGGGCACGUUCGGCACGUACCUGGAGCUGCGCGAGUGUCGCCACACGGUCCAGGCCAGCGACGCCGAGCUGGAGGCGGCGCUCCGGCAAUGCCACGCCCUGCUGAUGGACGGCCAGUACCGACAGCUGGAGUGCGAGUACGAGUUCCACGUGUUCAGCCUGGUCAUGAAGUUCAUCGACGAGAACUCGUGGUCGGCCGACGCGGUGCGGCGGCCGCCGACGCUGGAGACGCUCUCAGAGCUGGAGCCGGAGGCCGUGGUGACCGCCUGCUUCGACCGCUACCUGCGGCCCGUCACCGAGCCGGCGGAGCAGCCAGGUGAGCAGCUGUUCACGCUCCACGAGGACGAGGUGGCCCGGCUGUUCGCCCGGCUGCUUCUGCACACCAUGAAGACGUUCAACCUGGCCGACUUCACCGCCUCCUGGCGGCAGAGCGUGCCCGAGGGAGUGACCACCGACCUGGAGCAGCUGCGGGGUCUGGCCGUGGUCAACAGAGAGGCCAGCCCCGAGCUAGUGGUGCGGCUGCAGGCG